GCACGAAGCCACAGCACGAGGGAAUGCCGCGUAUGUCAACAGGCAGCUCUGAAAACACCUAUCUAUAAUCCUUCAUUUCCGAAUCCUUCCAACGACGACGCCCUUCUCCAUCUCCUACCACCAUCGAUCAUGGCAGACAAGCCAACUGACAAGACACUGCAGGUGAAGGGUGGAGCACCUCCUGGUGCUGAGUCGCCCACGACAGCUCGACCGCUGGAUUUCGACGACGACGAUAAAGACGGUGCCUCUACCCCAACGGAGAAUCUCAUGGCGCCACCGCCUCCCGCCAAAUCACCCAAGCCAAGGGUGAGCUUCCAAGAUGAAGAGGCGCCACCCGCAAAGCCCCCUCGCCCGAUGAGCCCACAGGCACAAGCUGAAAACACUCUGAUCGAAGCCUUCCCAAGCGUCGAUGCUAAGGUCGUCAAAGCUGUGUUGGUCGCAAGCGGGGGCAAGGUAGAACCGGCAUUCAAUGCUUUGCUGAGCAUGUCAGAUCCGGACUUCAGAGCAGAAGAGACCCCCCCUCCCCAACCCCCUCGCCCUCGACAACCGCAAAGCCAGCUAGAGGCCGACGAACAAUACGCACGACAACUUGCGCAACAUUACCAGAGCGGCGCUCCAGGCUACGGAUCAAGAGAGCGUGGCGACCCUCCGUUGCCUCAACGGCGUCAGGAGCCCGGACUUAAGCCAAACGAGCUCUACGAUGAUCGGGAGCAUAGUUUCUUCGAUGACGAUUUACCAGUGAUCAAGGAGAACAUGCGCAAGGGUUUUUUGGAGACUCAAACAACCGUCAACAAAUGGAUCACAACUUUCCGCAAAAAGCUAGACGGCGACGACGAAGAAUCCGAUAUCGUCCAACCUGGCGGCUCGCAAAAUCAACGCCAGAACUAUGGCCCUUCACAAUCAGAACAGUUAUACGGUAUCCGAAAGAGCUCAGAAGCGCGUCGGAGUGGCGAUCGCGAGCGCUAUGAUGCUGACAACCGGGUAUUGGGUGACGAUUUUGAGGCUCUAGAAUUGCGGGACGAAGAAGCACCAGCCCAACAUUCUCGCUCACAACGGCCUCUCGCAAAUCCUGACCUGUUCAAGCCAACCCCAGUCGCGCCGCCUCAGACCGGCCCUGUGGAUGAGGUCGAGGCGCGCGAACGUCAAACGACGUCCAACUCAGGCAACAAGGGGAAGAAGUGGCAGCCACUCACCUCAGUGGCACCUCAUCCAGAGCCGGAAGACCAUGACCCUUUCAGCCUCGGAGACAGCGACGAGGAUGAAGCGAAAGCGAAGGACAUCAAGGCAGAGGACACUGAGCGGCUAAAGAAGUUGGCGAGCGAGAGUGAGGUUGAGAAGGGAGGAGAGUCCGGAAAGGAACUAAAGCCUGCGGAGCGAAGUGGAAGUUUGGGAACGAGAGAUCAGACAGCAGAGGAGAUUUUGAAGAAUGCCAAAUAGGCUGUUCGUUUUAGCCGGCGCGGAUACCAAGGUAGGGAUGCCUCUUGGAGGAUUCAAUUGAGAUUACGAAGGC